CUUGGCACUACUUUGUGUCGCGGAUGUGAACUAUUAGUCAGAUGUAAACCACCUCACCCUCUUUCCGGGCUGGCAAAAACGAGGCAGCCAUGAGUACUCUUCGCUUGCAGAAGCGGCUGUCAGCCAGCGUUCUGAAGUGUGGCAAGAACAAAGUCUGGUUGGAUCCCAACGAGACAAACGAAAUCGCUAACGCCAACUCUAGGCAAAACAUCAGGAAGUUGGUGAAGGAUGGCCUGAUCAUCCGUAAGCCGGUGGCCGUCCACUCCAGGGCACGUGUCCGUAAGGCACACAUCGCUCGCCGCAAGGGCAGACACAUGGGCUAUGGUAAGAGGAAGGGUACAGCGAACGCCCGUAUGCCAGAGAAGGUGAUCUGGAUGCGCCGGAUGCGUGUUCUGCGCAGAAUGCUGCGGAAAUACCGUGAGUCCAAGAAGAUCGACAAGCAUCUGUACCACCAGCUGUACAUGAAGGCGAAGGGUAACGUGUUUAAGAACAAGCGACUGAUGAUGGAAUACAUCCACAAGAGGAAGGCAGAGAAGCAGCGCUCCAAGCUGUUGGCCGACCAGGCCGAGGCCCGUAGGUCCAAGAACAAGGACAAACGCGCCAGGCGUGAGGAGCGUCUGGCCGCCAAGCGUGCCGAGAUCCUCAAGGCUUACACCGGAGAGGAGGCCACCAAGAAGGCGUAGACACGACAGAUUCUAUCCAUUCUUAGUCCUGAUGUUAUAAGGAUUAAUAAAUAUCUCCAUCUGAAA